AUGGAAAACCUCGGCGAGAGUGAAUUGCUAGGAGAUGACGGUGAUGAAGAUGUCUUCGCAUACAAUCAGCUUGCUUUUGGGAGACUCAGGCUGGCGGAAGAUUCUAAUUUACCUACGCAGCUCUACAAACACGUCCAAGUCCGGGUCACCUACAAGCUUGAAACUAGUCCUUCGAAACACGUGGCUUAUCAAAUCGAAUUUGCCUCAGUCUCCCGCCCGUUCCAGACGCGCUACUCCUCCCUUGAGCGAUUCCACCGGCACAUGUCGGUCAUCAUGAAGAGGAUAGAAUUGAUUGCGUUGUACUUCGACCACAUUCUCAACGGACGAGACUUCAAGUACAGAGAUUCUAGUACGCUGAAAGACUUUCUCAUCCGAGACUUGAGGGAGAAAUAUAGAAGCGCGCUGAGAAGUGAACUCUUUGAACAAGCUCUCAACAAUCUGAUGCCAAUCCUAGACCUGCUGGAAAUUCUUGAGCUCGUCUGCGCGGAUCGCGUUACUGCGCUUACUCUAAUCUGCCUCUGCAACGCGAAAUCGGGCCAAGUCGACACUGCGAAAAUGUUCUCGCAAAAGACGCUGCAAUUCAUCACUUCCAAUUCAAAAAUAUUUUCCGGGAAAAAGUACUCUUCGUUGAUUUCAGAGGCGAUUUCGGUCGCUGGCAAAGUCUCAAGCCAUUCUGAGCUAAAUGCGUACCAAGUUUCCUCUGAAAUGGACGAUGCCGGAACUCCUCGGUCAACUAUCUCCACUACCGCCUCUUUUGCCGAGGAAAUUUAA